AUGGGAAUCCGUGCAUCCAUAGAGUGUAAAAUCAAGGUGUUAGAGGUGUAUGGGGAUUCUGCACUGGUAAUCUAUCAGCUCAAAAGUGAAUGGGAAAUAAGAGACCCAAAGUUGAUCAACUAUCGAGAGCUAGUUUUGGAUUUAAUCAAGGUGUUUGAUGAUAUCACUUUCCGUUACCUCCUGCAAGAUGAAAACCAAAUGGCUGAUGUCUUGGCUACGUUAGCUUCUAUGAUCAGAGUAAAUAAACAAAAAGAUAUGAAGCUAAUCCAGAUGAGUAUUUGUGAGGCUCCAGCUCAUUGCUGCAAUAUCAACGAAGAAGAAGAGAGAGAUGAUUAUCCUUGGUAUCAUGAUAUUCUACAAUAUGUGAAGAACAAUAAAUACCCUGAUCAGGCAACUAAAAAUGAUAAGAGAACGUUGAGGAGGUUGGCCAGUGGCUAUGUCUUAGACAGGGAGAUCCUGUAA